AUGGCGCAGGCCCCGUCAGACUUGUCAGAGCAGUACGUCGACGAUGACAACGAGGAGGAGGACGACGACGACGUUCAAGCGGAUUCCUGGAAUAAAAAGGACAAAGUAAUCACCCUCCAACUUCUUCAGCCGUCGGGACGAUCGACUUCUUGUCGUGUCAGCCUCCAGGACCGCAUCUCUGAUGUCAAGAUGAGAGUCAAAGACAUGCUGUUUAAGAGCAGCGGUUAUGUGAGGCUUAUCCGUGACGGGGAAGAGCUUCUGGACAUAAAGAGCACGGUAAAGGACAAUGGCCUCAGCGAUGGGCAGACCAUCACGGUCAUCUUCAACCAGUCAUACACUUAUGCUUCAUUCCGUGCUGGGGAGAGGCCACCUUGGGAGUCAGAUUGGGAUUCCAAGCCGACCUACAGCCACGCUCCGAGCCCAGAGCCUUUGCGCUCGAUUUUGGGGCUGUCGCCAAAUCUUGGGAGGCUGCCUCCAAAUGAGCAGCAGGCCAUGCUGGAAUUACUACACCGCCGUCAAACAGGAUCCCGAUUCAGAUAG